AUGCAAAGACACCCGCUUGACAACAAUGCUGCAAACACAUGGGACAACUUGCCGUCUUCGCUGUUGUUCACGAUCCCAGCAAACGCUUUGCUGAACAUCAGAACCCUCAAACCUCAUUAUCCUGCUCGACAUUUCGCAAAAUUGACGGCCGUUCAAUUGAUCUCGUUACACCUCAUGCUACAUCGCCCACAUGGUGGCCAGGACUCCCUAGAUCCCCUUUUCGGCCCUUACAUUUCUGUACUUCCUCACGAUUUUAGCGGCCACCCGCUGUCAUGGAAGACGAAGGUGGAAAAGCAUCCAGGAUCCUCCAAGAAGGAGGAAGAACUACUCCACAAACUACCUCCAAACGUGGACUUUGCUUUGGAGAAAUUGUCCACGCGAUUCUGGGAGGAUUGGAACAUAGUAUCUACUCUAAUGCUACUUCUAAACUCCGUACAGCAAGACCCCAGCUUCCAGAAGGCCAGGAACUCUGACAGUUUAUCCCACAUAUCCGAUGCACUGACGAACUUUCUCUGGGCGUGGCUCAAUGUAAACACUCGUAGCGUUUAUCAUCGCCUGAAGUCAUCGAAGUCUGAUCCAGAUAAUCUGACCAUGUGCCCUAUCCUUGACUUUGCAAAUCAUACUGCAGAUCUGCCUCACAUGACACUUGUACCAACUCAGGCGGAGAUUUGGAAUACCAUUCCUAAGAAAAUGCAUGGAGAAGACCUCGCGUUCCUCUCACCGAGUGAUGCCAUAUUGAGCGCGGGUGAAGAACUUUACUUGACGUAUGGAGCUCACUCGAAUCGCACGUUAUUCGUCGAAUAUGGCUUUGUGAUUGAUAUUAUAGACGACGACAAAUUUCACGGUGAAAUCGAUGUACAAGAUGUUCUUGAAGGCGUGCUUCAAGUAACUCCCUCGGAUUAUCUUGUAACAAAAAAUAUAUUGGAGGAAGAGGGAUAUUGGGGAGACUGGACGCUUCAUUGUUCACCAACCUAUGUUUAUCCUUCAUAUCGUCUAAUUUCUGCCCUGCGGUUGCAUCACCUUAUCUCUACGAGGAACAAAGAAAACUUACUUCAUGACGAGGUGUUACAACCCUGGCGCGACGUAAUUUCUGGUCGCCGAGAUAUCAUAUCCGAAGACAAUGAAGUGGGCUGGCGUCAAACCUUGGUCGAUAUAUGCACCGCGAUAAUCAAACGAGCUAAGAAUGUCUUCGAAAAUAAUACGGUCUCAUCAAUCGACGUGGAAGGGUGUCCAUGGUUCUCCUAUAUGGAUAAAAGUAUCAUGAUGCUCUGGAGAGAAGAGCUGUUGGUAGCGCGCUCAGUAAGGCAGAGUGUUUUGCAGGGAAGGGAGUUUUAAUCAAGAUGGCAGAUGUCAUGCUGUCAAGUUAGCCUUAUCGCAAACGACGCUUAUGAUACUCUUUGAUGUGGCCGUAUCUGGGUCGCCGAUGAGCGCACGUACUUCCGCUAGUAGUCCUUUCAACUUUCAUAGCGCCAUGGUCAGAAUAGAGCGAGAGCGAGAUGUCAAUGCAUAUACUGACAGUAGUUGUCGAUGUAUUUCCAGAAUUACAGGGAAGAACCCUGUACAAAUUCAAACGUUGUAUUGCAGUGAUCAUUAUGUUGCAUAUACCUUUAACUAUUGCGAGAAAAGCGCUGGGGG